UGUAAGUAUUUUAAGUAUGAAGAAAAUAAUAACAGCUUUAAUUUUUGCUUCAGAACUAUGGGAGUGAACUGAGAACAAAUGAAACACUCAGAUUUAUAUUAAAAUGUACAUUACAUUCUGCAUUUUAGCAUUUUCCGUGGGUAACAUGUUAGUUUAUAACACUGAAGCUGAAACCGUAAGCGCCAAUGAAUGCAUGAGAUUAGUGAGGUAUACAAAAAAUGUAACAGCUCCAUACUCACAAACAGUUCAAGAACGAAAACUGAGAUUUUGCUUUAGUUCUAUCCUUUGCUACGAUCAUGAAACUAAAACUGUAUGGGUUAAUAGAACAGAAGCUGUUGAAUUCACUAAAACAAUUAGAGAAUGCUGCCUUGGAUAUGAAGAGAGAAACGGAACUUGUCACCCCUUUUGCGAGAAGGAAUGUAUUCAUGGAAACUGCGUUAGUCCUGACAGAUGCCUUUGUGACGCAGGAUGGACUGGUAUUAAUUGCACUGAAGAAUGUGAUAGUAAUCAUUAUGGCCAUAAUUGUGAUGAAAAUUGCUUGUGUGAAAAUGGAGCUACUUGCAAUAAAAUGAACGGAACGUGUCGUUGCGCUCCAGGUUUCACUGGAGCAUAUUGUGAAACUUCUUGUCCCAUGGGCUCGUUUGGAAGUCAUUGUGAAAAUAUUUGCCAAUGCAAAAAUGGAGCUAAUUGCAAAGUGCGAGAAGGAGACGAAUAUAAAUGUUUAUGUAGACCUGGAUACAUAGGAAAGUUUUGUGAAAUGAAAUGCCCAGAUGAAACUUAUGGAAAGGACUGUCAAAAUAACUGUACAUGUGAGAAAAAUAGUACUGAAUUUUGCAAUCACUUAAAUGGUAACUGUAAUUGUUUACCUGGUUACAAAGGAAAGAAGUGUGAAAAGAAAUGUGAUGCAGGUUUUUGGGGUAUUCGCUGUGAAAAUGCAUGUGACUGUGGAUAUAAUGUGACUUUUAAUGAAGACGCAUCUGGAUGCAAUCACGUGACUGGAGAUUGCAACUGCCUUGCAGGAUGGUAUGGAUCAAAAUGCACUCAAAUGAUGAAAAUCAAGUUAAAAGAAACAACCUUCGAAGCACCAGAGGCAAAAAGAAAAAGAGGAAGACCUGGAACAAGAUGGUUACGUAGAGUAGAGAACUGGUUACAGGACUUGGGAGUUAAUAGAUGGAGGAAUAUAUUAUCGAAAAAAUCUAGAUGGGGUAAAGUGACUGAGACGGCCUUGGCCGAAUGCCCAGCUAAUAGGUGGGGAAAAGGCUGCCUCAAGGAAUGUGAAUGUCCAAAUAAUAGUUCAUGUGAUCCAGAAACAGGAGAAUGCUUAUGUUUGCAAGAAGAGCUUGAAUCGAAUUGCUUCAGACGUUCGUAUGACUUUUCUUUUUAA